AUGGCCAGAACGCGCAAAACGCCCACAAAGUUCGCACAAUCAGGCCACAAGGGGCUGAAAAGGCCUGUGCCUAAUCUCUCGGUUGGCAAGUACCAUACGAAAUCGUCUGCUAUCCAUGAGAUCAAGUUCACGGGGGCAUUGGUGCACUGGGAAGACUUCGAAGACGAAGUCAUUGCUGGGAUCGAGGAGUUACGGCCCAAGUUAGAGGGUAUCAUUACGCAUGAAAACCUCUCCAGAGUCCCCUCAUAUUAUAUGACCCAAGAACAUGUUCAAGCUGGGGAUGAACAUGGGGUGCAAGGGAGAUUCCAGCAACACGUUGGGCAAGUCGUGUCAGCAGUACUGAAGGCAGGCGGCUUUCCCGUCAAGUUCAGCGAUUACAGGGCCUCGUCAAGCAAAGACUAUAACCUAAUCCCUGACGUUGCCAUCAUCGAUGUUACGACUUGUGACUUGCGAGGUGUUGGGGAGAUCAAAGUCCCCUGGGUUGGUGCACACGAUCUCGACGCAAUUUUCAAUGUGGAGGCAAAAUUGCAAACAGCAUUGGGUAAGCUCAAGUACGGCCUUUUUUCGACGUACGACAUGACCAUCUUUUUGAAGCAGGAGCAGUCCCAAAAUGGCACUUGGGAGCUGCAUUACAGCAGCAUUGUAGAAUACAGCCAAAUUGGCGGUGUCGAUAAAUCUUCGUUACGGGAAUGCGCCUUCUAUCUGGCUGUUUUGGCGUCCGGUGGCCACGGUGCCAACAACCAAACGCCACUGGACAGUUGGGUUGAAUAG